UCCUGAGAUGGAUGUGAAAAUGCCUGCCAGGACCCGACAUCUCCUGGCCCAAAGGACGGGCUUUGUUUUGGAGCUCAGACACAGGAACACAAGCCAGAGCCCCGAUCUCUCCAGGCGAUCACAGGAUAUAAACCGCUGCCCGAAAGCAAGCUCUGGAGAACUCCAGUAACCUCCAGGAAAGCUCUGAGGUUAGGGAGACCAGGGCAGCCAAAGAAGACAUGAGGAGUCUGCUGGCACCGCUGAUGGUGACUCUGGCCCUGGCAGCUCUCUGCUCUUGUGAGGAAGACUUUCUGGGAAAGUGUGGGGAGCUGGACGCAGGCAGUAGGCAGAGGGAUUCAGUUACAGAGUGGAGCAGAGGAGGAGGACUCGCAACCCAGCUCCUUUCUGUCUGUCUUCCAGAUCCCAAAGACCCCUCCGGAUCUCCCAGCGCUGCCAGCAUCAAGAUUACAAAAGAAGUUGCCAAUGCCUUUGUGAAGAGGCAGAAGAGAUCCAGCCUGUAUGAAUGGUACUCUGAGCAUUACAGAAAUCCAAUGGAGCAGAUGCAUGAGCGUUGUGAAAACUACCCGCCCUGUGACUAUCUCUCUGACCAAAUAGGAUUUUCCAUGGCCUACAACCAUUUCUUUAGGAGAUACUGAACAUGGGAUGGUCACUUGGUUCAUUUUGCUUGGGACCACUCUGAAACCCCCAAGAGAAAGAAGGUUGUGGGUGGGAAGGAGGGAAGAAAAACAUCUAGACUGGGCCCUCCUUCCGUUGUCUCCCUAGCCAGCUGGAACACCAAGGCAAUAAUUAUCCCACUUAUUGAGCUUGCGUUAGCUUUCUUCCUUUCAUCAAAAAUGUUUCUUUUCAGUCAUCUUUUGUGGUAUUUUGAGUUUCACUAGAAAUGGUUGAGAAGAAUCUGUCUUACCUCCUUCCAUUUGAAUCCCCAUGAUGCAGUAGGUGAAAAGACUGUGAUUCCUCUCAAGAAAAUCAACACAUGCCUUAGAAACAUAACAGGACCUUUUGUCCUCUUGUACAAAAUGCAGCAGUAUUAUAGAAGGAGAAUAUCACAACAUGUGUAAAAGUGAUGGAUCUGAUCCCGGGAUGCUCACUGGGAAGAAGGCAGAACAGCUGCCUCCUGGUACAGUGACUGGGAAAGUUCAGUAUUUUCAGGCAGUAUAAUUACCCUAAAUAUGUGCCAGUGUAGGAUCAUUUUGUAAAGACGGAAUUGUGGAAAUACUAUUACAUAGCCAGAAAUCAGGUUCUGGUACACUCUGCUGAUUAUUCUGUCACAAAAUUUGCCUGUAUAGCAACAACAGAUAAAUCCCCAAAGGUGUGUUUAAAGAGUCCUUUUAGAUGAGCUCUUCCAUUUGUAUGCUGCACUCAGUGAGUGUCUGUAAAAAGUAACGUGGAAAUCUCUUGUUGUUUUUGUUACAAUUGGUUUCUGGUGAAACUGAAUAUACCCAAGCAGAACAAAAAAAUAAUCUGUUCCUCUCUGAUGCUUUAGCACUGAUACUUGAAAGUAAAAGUGUCUAAAUGGCUCCAAAAAAAGCAAAGAAAAAAAGCAAGAAACUUCAUGAAAUAAACAAAACCAAAAUCAGCUCAAGGAUGGAUUGAAGUUGGAUUAGCAUUUGGUUUAUUCAAGGCAACUUGUAUCUCUUUCAUGCUUAUAUAUAUAUAUAUAAAAAGUGUAUUUAUAUACAUAUCCUCUUCCCUCUGCACUACUUCAUUCUGUCCUCUGCUGUGAAUAUUAUACCUUGGCAACUUUCUGCAGCGCCUCCCUUGAUGUGCUCUGUCAGCUUUUCUUCCCUGAGAGGUGGAUGGCAGAUCCCGUCUCCAAGGACAGGGACUGCUGACCUUCAGGAGACUGAGAAAGACCGAGUGAAUCUCUCUGGUUGCAUGUAAGCUGGUGCAGCCGUCCCCAGCUGCUGACUGCAAUAAAUACUGCUUAUGUAAAGCA